GCACGGAGCCGCAGUGGCAGCAGUAAAGUAGUCAGUCGGUAGUCGGUUGCGAUCUGUUGAGCAGGAAAAGGUAAGCAGCAGGCAAGAGGGUAAGCAGGAUGGCACGGCCGAUGCUUGCGUCGCCUCAUCCUCUCCUCUUAGUCCUCGUUUUUUUAACGGUGGUCGCAGCCUUCCCUAACGCCGUUAUGGCCAUCGAUCUAAGCCGACUCUAUGGUCACAUUAGCUCUAAACGUGGUGAUGCAUGUCACCCUUAUGAACCCUUUAAAUGUCCUGGAGAUGGAAAUUGCAUAUCAAUUCAGUAUUUGUGUGAUGGAGCACCCGAUUGCCUUGAUGGAUACGACGAGGAUUCCAGGUUAUGUACAGCAGCAAAACGUCCUCCAGUAGAAGAAACUGGAAGUUUCCUAAAGUCGCUUCUAGCCAGCCAUGGACCGAAUUAUUUGGAGAAAUUAUUUGGUAGUAAGGCAAGAGAUGCCCUUAAGCCACUUGGUGGCGUUGAUAAAGUUGCUAUCGCUUUAUCAGAAUCUCAAACGAUUGAAGACUUCGGAGCAGCACUUCACUUAAUGCGAUCCGACCUGGAGCAUCUGCGCUCCGUAUUCAUGGCAGUAGAAAACGGGGAUUUAGGAAUGCUGAAAUCCCUCGGGAUUAAAGACUCCGAACUGGGAGACGUGAAGUUUUUCCUGGAGAAGUUGGUUAAUACCGGAUUUCUGGAUUGAGGUUGGCCUGACCCUGCUGCUGAAGUUGUUGUUUAUGCCCAUCCCCAACCUCACAUGCCUUUGAGCAAACACUUUUACUCCUACCUCCCUUAUUAAAAGAAGCAAUUUUCGGUUCGUUAGUAAAUGUAAUAAAUUGUUUUCAUGAUUAUGAAAGUGAUUUAUUGCAAAUUGUAACAGUUCAGGCAGUGACCAGUUUAGUUGGGCACCAAAAACAGACAGCUGGAGUGAACUUGGGCUAAGACUGUUGUACAUUUUUUGAGCCAAUUGCAGGGUAAGGAAAUAAAGAAAACUGUACACUAUAAUUAUCUGCUUUGGUGGAGCAACAAUAUUAUUGGUCACAGACCUUUCUCUCUCUUUCUCCCCCUAACUCCUUGUCAGCAGCAGUGUCAGUUUUAAGAUUUCCGUCCCUUUAUUUUUGAAAUUUUUGAAGGGAUUCACCCCUCGUAACUUAAUUGUUAAUAACAUAAAUUAGGUUUAGGUAUAAACAUAUCAGACGUCAAAUGUGGCAAAUAUCCAAUGUCACAUUUACGGCAAGUAUCGAUAAACAUAUCAUACGUACGUGUUAAAAAGCAUAUCACUUAUUUAUACAUAAUAUAAAAUAUAAUAUAUUAUUACUUACUCGUGUAUUUUUGGAUUUUUGUCUUCUAUUGAUAGGUUUUUCUUAGAAGAUAUUUUUGACAAAAAGGUUUUUUAGAAUCGAACUUAGACUGUAGCAGGACGCUCGACGAGCAUAUAUAGAUCAAUAGAAGACUACAUUUUAUUGAUUCUUUAUAGGUAAUCAAUCGAAGUAUAGAUGUUAUUUAUGUGUCAUUUAAUCUUUGACUCCCAAUACAAUUACUGUGGCACAAUAAAGCACUUUAUUGCACCCUUAGAAUUAAAUCUAUAUUAAUAAAUUAAAUAACAGUCCAUGACUAAAUCUUUCUUAAAUAAGGUCAAACAAGCUGCAAAGAUCUAUACAGGGUAUUCUGAGGUCACUUUUAUAAAGAUUCUCAAAAGCUUCAUAAAGAGUUUGUAAAAAACCUGUAUAGUAUUACUUUUAUUAACGUUAAAGCUUAUGCAAGUAAUAUUUUUUGACCUUAUUAUAUACAAAGUGCCGCAUUUUAUGAAGAUAAAAAAGCCAAUUUAACCAUAGAUUUUGAUCAAUUAAUUGGAAUUAAUUAUAUUUACUCAAAACCAAACCUCUAUAUACGUUUUAAACCAGUAAUAAAAAAUGAUUUACACUGAUUAAUCUAAUUUGGCUUUAGAUUCUUGUUGGGCGCCAAAAAGUUGCCACUGGCUAGAAAACAUAUAUCUGAAAUGAUUUUAGUUAUAUCUAUGGUUAAAACUUGGCAAACCUACUAAACAUUUCAAGAUUCUUCCUGGAUUUGAGGCACUCACGACUGAGAAAAAAACGUCUAAAUCAAUAGGUUAAGUGAAUACUAAAAAAGUAUUUGUUGAAAACGGUGCAGGUCAGCAAUUCCCCUUAGUUUUCCCUCUGACCCGUUGAUAAAGAACAAAGAAACAUUCGAUGCCAAGAAAAAAUAACAUGGAUGUAUUGCACCAAUAUUUAGGGCCUAAGAUUCCUAUAAUAGUCUGGCUAGAUUCUGUAUUUUUGUGAUCGAUGUCAAUAUUUUAAUUAUUGAGUCAAGACACGUCAUUCGCCGAGAUAACGACCUGAUAUAUUAACACCCGAUGGCGAAUGGGGUGUGCUUGCCUCGAAAUUUUUAACCAGAGCACAAUCAUACUAAUGUGUACCGCACUAAAUGUGAAAUUAGUCUUGAAAGAAUAUACAUUAUUUAUCUUUGUAAAAGUAUUAUAUCUAUAUGUAUUUUGAAUUCUAUUUGUAUAGGUUAAAAGAUUCUUAAGGGAGCUUUUAGCAACCCUCUAAAAAUAUAUUUUUUCAAUUAACCUAAAAAAAAACAAUCGGCCUGGACACAUUUAAUCAGAAUUUUUAUUAUGUGCCUAAUCAUUUUCUUUUGUAUAACAUUAUUAUAGGUUGAUUAAAGAAGAACCCUUUAGGUCUGUACUUUUACUUCACGGGGGUGUCUUAAGCUGCUUUUAAGACUGAUCAUUUGUCAAGAUAACGACCUUUACCAUCUUCAUGACACCUGACCUUUCUGAACCUUUUACACCCUUUUGACGUAAACUUUUACGACAGACCUAAGGGGGGCUUUUAUUUACGCUAAAGUUAUGUUUGGAUGCCCCUCUUUAUUCAUCUUUUAGACGACCAGUUUUUGUAUUAAGUACCUAUAUACAUACAUAUCACACAAUUUUGUAACUUUGUAAGUACUGAUAUUAAAGAAAAAAAUAUUAUUAUGUAUAGGCCAGUUUAGUUAAGACUUGGGUUCUGUCGUGAUUAGAAUUCGGGUUUUGAAUGAAUGGGUCAAAAAUAAUUUAUUAUAAAGUGAAUUUUCUUAUAAUAAUAAACGUAAUUCAGAAAACGUAA